AUGGGCAACUACUGUAUCCCGGCGUCAGCCACACCAGAAAGCGCGGUUGCACUAGCUGUAGAAGCCGCACCAGCUGUGACAGCCUUAGCCGCUGAAACGGCAGCCCCAGCUGUAGCAGGUGCAGCCGCAGAAACCGCAGCACCAGCUGUAACAGCUGCACCGGCUGUAGCAGCUGCACCAGUUGUGGCUGCUGCAGCAACAUUAGCUGGAGCUGCAACAGACCCUUUGACACCCCUCUCUCCCCAAGUACAAGAGCUGGCAUCUGAAUGCAAGAAGCUGCUGGCCGUCGGUGAGGAAUCCCUCAAGGAGGCGCACCCUUCGGACCCUCGGUUGCAGCAUGCGUGCAAGGAGUUGGACGAGGCUCUGACGUUCUUUCAUUCUAUUGCUGCAGCGGAUGAGGACUUGGCCAGGCAGCAGCAAGGGGGUGGGGAGAAGCGGCAGCAAGAACAGCAGGAGUCCACAGCCACAACUCGCCCCCGAUACGGCAAACGUGCUGAGAGGGAAAACAGCAAGAAACAGCAUCACGGCCGGAGCAGUAGUAGGGGGAGAAGAAAGGAUAAAGUAAAGGCAGCAGCAACAGACCGGACUGCUGCUGCUGUGUCAGAGCAGCAGAUUGAUGACUCCUUGUUCGGGGACUGGCCCCCCAUAGACUUCACCUUCCCGGAAAGUUCAUCUGUGGCUCCUUCUGGCGCUACUGGGCCCGAAUCUCUCUCGUGGGGAGGCUACGCAGCUCAAGACCCUUUUUUGCUCUCUGCAUCUGCCUCUGCUGCUGCAGCAACUGCUCCAGCUGCAGCAGCAGCUGCUGCUCCAGCGGACUCAGCGGAGCUCAGGCACGGCAGAGCCAGGACUCAUAGUAGGAGGCGCGCAAAAAGCAGCAGCAGAUCUCGUGGACUAGAUGCACCAAGCAGUGACGGCGAGCGCAGCAGUAGCAGUAGCAGCAGCCGCAGUUCAGACCUCAGCAGCAGCACGCGCAGCAGGGAAGGCAGUAGUGAUAGCGAAGCCACAAAGACCAACACUAAGGUCCGCAGGCGGCCAGGGAGGAGUAGUCGUUCUCGGUCGCAACAUAACAGGGCAACAGGAAUAGCGGCGUCGCUUCAGACGGCAGGAGCGGUAGAAGAACCAGCAGAUGACUGUUGCAGCAUUUGCGUCUCGUGUCUCCGCGCCGUCUUUGUGGCUAAAGGUGCUGCUGGUCCAUUUCGCCUAGAUACAGCCAUCUGCGUUCCCUCGGAGAGUGUGGAUACCGAAGCUGAGUGCAACUCCGAGUUGGGCGUUGUUAUCAGCAGCAGUAGCAGCAGCAGUAGCAGCAGCACCACCACCAAUGCCACCAGCAGAGAGCUGCAAGUGACAUGGCAGCAACCUAUGCGUUUUUUCGUCCACGGGCUCUGCAGCACGCACCAUGUAUCUGUGUUUUCUAAAGAAGAAAAUGUCACAGACUGCACAGCUGCAUGCGGCUACUUGUCCUUCUCAAUCUUGGCAGAGCCACUAAAACCCCUGGCUACUUCCACAUCAGGGGGACAGGCAGCUCUUGCCGGGAGCAGCGCGCCACCUGCAGCGGAAAAGAAGGGACAGAGGCGAACAGAGGCCAUGAGGGCGCAUAACAAGCUGCUGCAAGCGCAGGUGCAGGAGCAGCAGCAGGCUUUAUUACAGCAACAACAACAUAUCCAGGCCCUUCAAGCUCACAUGCAACAACUCUCUGCACAGCUCACCGAAGCAUCUCAGCGACUCGCGUCCGCUGAAAUACAGCAGCAACAACAGCAGCAGACGCUGCAACAGAUGCAACAACGAGAUGCUGAGUCUCGUGCUUCCGCAGCCGAGAUGGCCAGGUUGCAGCAACAAGUUUUGCACUUAGAAGAUUUACGGAGGAGCGCCGAAGAAGAACUAAAGCUUCAGCGCAAACAAAUUCGUAACUACAGAAUGGAGGUAGAGAAGCAUGAGCGUGAGCUCCAGCGGCUCGUAGAAGAGCAGAAAGAUGCAGACAAGAAGGCCGUCGAGCAAGAGAAGACUAUCGCGGAGCUCACAACACUCCUCAGCAACGCGAGAAGCCGCAUAAGGAAUGAGCGACAGCGGAGCGAGGGAUUAGUGGGCAAGUUGGAGGCUGCGUGCGAAGUCGAAACCUCAUUAAAAGCAGAAUUGCAGGCAUCGCAGUAG